AUGGAUAGCUCCCCUUUAAAUAUUUAGAGAGUUUCACAAUAAAUGUUUGAAAUUGAUGAUCCUUUUAUAUUGAUGAUGAUAUAAAAAGAUAAUCAGAAAGAAAUUCAAAAUUUAGAGUAAAAGUAUCAAAUUAAGAUAUAAAUAAACUAGGGAUAUGGUCAAGUGCAUAUUUUACAAUAAGAAGACAGUAUUGAAGAACAUUUGGACUAGUCUAUAGUUGAUUCUAUUGAAAAGCACUUUAAUAAUUUUGAAAAAGUUCAAAAAAAGAAAGUUACUGAGUAGUAUGUAGAAUGCAAUAGAGACUUUUACUUGAAGCUCAAUAAAGUUCUUUAGAAAUAUCAUACAAAAUUAUAAUAAUAUCAUUUAGAUUUUAUUGGAAAUGAAUCACAAUAAGAUUAUGAUUAAAAUAAAAUAUACUAACCCCUUGUCGUGAAAAGCAUCCAAAUUCAAGAUAAAUUCCUAAUCUAAACUUGCAAGAUCGAAUAGCCAGAAUAUCUAAAUUUUGAAGAAAUAGAUGUAUUAGUGUUAAACAUGACACAAUAAGGAUUGUUUGUAGAUGAUUUUGGUUAUCAAUUAGUUAAUUCGAAUCCAGGUCUCAAAUAGCUUAUCAAAUAGUUGAAAUAGUAAAUUAAGACAUCCAACUUUAUUGAUGAGCAUGUCUUUUACCAAGGAAAAAAAGCAAUAAGUCUACUUAUACAAUUACAAGAGGACGAAAAGGUGUGCAUUGAUAACUUGCAAGUAAUUCUUAACAAAUUGAAAGAAUAGAAAUAUAAAUAAAAGGGGCAUUUAAGAAUUUCUGUUGCUAUAAGAGAAUGCUGUGGAAAGAAAUAUGUUGAAGCUUUUGGCUCCUACAUAAAAUAAGCGAUUAAGCAAAAAUCAUAUUUGAAUUUUCCAUCAGAAAUAAAUUUUAUUGUGAACGAAAGAAAUGAAAAUUUAAUUUCUUAGUAGUUAGAUAAUUUAAAAAAGAUAGAGUUAAAUGAAAAAGAAAAGCUCGGUCUCCUCUCUUUAUUUACUUCAAAAUCCAAAAAAAGCCAAAAAGAAGAUAAAAUGUGGGUUGAAGAAAGCAUUUAAUCUUCUCUUCUUCGUAUUCAAGGUAAAGGCACAGAAGUUGAAGAAAUAGUGAAAAUUUUUAAAAAGCUUUAGUAAGAUUGUUUUAUCAGAUUUGAAUUACCUUUAAACAACGGAAGCCUUACUGAAGAGCUUGUUAAAUAUUUAUAAGAAAUAGCUAUUAAAUAAACAAUGAGCAUAGAAAUCAGUGAAAAAAGUGUUAGCAUAUAUGCUUACAAAAAGACUAUCAACAAAUUUCUACCAAUCAUAGCUAACUAAAUCAGAGGAAGCUAAACGAUGCUAAGAAUUUAGUGCUAAGUACCUCCAAACUGGUCUAACUAAAGAGAGAAUCUUUUGCUUGUAAACCUUGAUCUUUCAAGUCCUGAAGCCAUGGAUUGUAUAACAGCAAUGAAAAAAACAUUGCCUAAUUCAAAAGUAAGCAGGAUACAAAGAGUAUAGAAUAUAAAAUUAUGGAGAAAUUAUAUGUAUGAAAAAUAAAAACUUGUUUAGAAAGGAAAUGCAAAAGAACUACUCUUGUUUCAUGGUACAAGAAAUAAUAAACCUGAAAUGAUAUAUAAUGGAACAGAAGAAGGGUUUGAUUUUAGACUAAGUGCUCACGGUAUGUAUGGUAGAGGUACUUAUUUUCAUGAAAUGGCAUCUUAUUCUGAUGGAUACGCUUAUCAUGAUGGAUCCAAAAAAGUCUUCUUUCUUGCUUAAGUCCUAGUAGGCAAUUACUAUGUUGGUGGAAGUAGCGGCUAUGUUUCUCCUCCAAUUAUCCCAGGUACAAACGGAUUAAGAUAUGAUUCAAUUAGAUCGAAUUAUAAUGAAGGAUAGAACAUGUUUAUCAUUUAUCAUAAUUCAAAAGCAUAUCCUACUUAUCUUAUUGAUUAUAAUUGA